GAAAUGUUUUAAAAGGAAACCAAAAAAUUUCAAGGUUUGAUUUAAUCUUAUUUAUUUAUAUUAUAAAUAAACAAGUAACCGCUUCUUCUCAUACUUCAAAAGUUUUUCCGCCCUUUAAGAUUUUGAAAUCGAGAGAGGGAGUAAGCUAAGGAGGAGGAUUGAAAGAGAGAGAGAGAGAGCGAAGAAUGGGGGAGGAGGUGGUGGAGAGGACGAGUGAGAUGGUGGAGGAAGGGUGUACGACGCCGAGAAGCACCAAGUAUAGGAUUCCGGUGUCGUUGGUUUGUCCUCCGCCGCCGAGGAAGAAAUCAAUGGUGGUGAGGAAACGAGAUCCGCCGAAGAACGGUUAUUUUCAGCCGCCGGAUCUGGAGACUCUGUUCUAUGCACGUCCUCGACGAGAAGCAUGCGCUUAGAUCUAGGCUUUGCUUUGCUUUGCUGUGUUGUUGUUUUUGUAGAUACAUGUUUCCCCAUUUCACUGUAGUCUCUCUCGGAGACACUUUCAUUUUCCCUUUUGUGUAUCGAAUUUGAGUUUUACUAUAUGCAAAAAAAAAAAGAAGAGAUUCUCAGAA